CAAAGGAAAUGACAAAAAAAAUCACUUGCCACUUUGCGGCUUUUGCCGUUUUACCGAAGACGCGGCGGCCCAGAGGAUGGAUCCUGCAGGGCGGGCUGCUCGCCGGUAUAUUUAUCAAACGAGCGAUCUCGGUGUAACUACACGAUAUGCAGUGUGCUGAGGUUUACUUCAUACCUGCCUGUCUUGCUUGAACUAAAAGAUUGACGUAGUCCUAGUGGGCGAGUAAGUGGACGAGGCAAGCGGAGAACCGGUGCUGGGGUCAAAUCAUAAUAGUAAAGGCUAAAGUGACGCUCCCCGCCUCCAUUCCCCGUAAAGAUUGGGGGGAAGACACCUUAUAACACUUCAGCCGCUGCUAGGUUUUAUAUGGAUGGGUACCUAUUAGUCUAGUCUAAUUGUCGUCUCCAUCAUUCCCAAUUGCCGGCUGGGUGGAAGACGGUGGACUAAGUCCUUUUUUUUUUUUUAAUUUUUAGUUUCAUCUAUGUCCGUUGUGUACUUUUGUUAUACAGGAUCCAUGAGAAGGGGCAAUAUCCUAAAGGAGUAAAUAUCUGAGUAGUGCCUUAGUUGUAGAUAUGGCGGACGCAAAACUAGAAAUCUCGUUUAUCGGCUUGGGAGCCAUGGGCUUCGGCAUGGCAACCAACUUGGUCAAGCAGGGGUAUAAGGUAACGGGUUUCGACGUCUGGAAGCCAACGUUGGAUAAGUUCCAGGCGGUUGGAGGCGUCAUUGCUACAACGCCGGCGGAAGCCGUCAAGGAUAAGGACUACUGUGUGUGCAUGGUAGCUACGGCGCAGCAAGCCCAAGCAGUCCUCAUCGAGGGCGACAACGCCGCCCUCCAGUCCUUACCUAAAGGGGCUACCCUGAUGCUGUGCUCCACGGUGCCGUGCGCAUAUGUCCAGGGGCUCGAGAAGCAACUUACCAAGUUGGGACGGAGUGAUAUUCGUUUAAUUGAUGCUCCCGUCUCGGGAGGUGCUGCGAGGGCUGCUGAUGGCACUCUCUCAAUCAUGGCCGGAGGCUCCGAUGAAGCACUCGAAAAGGGGCGCUUUCUCUUGCAGGAAAUGUCUGACCCAAAAAAGCUUUACGUCGUCCAAGGUGGCGUUGGUGCCGGAAGUAAUAUGAAAAUGUGCCACCAGGUCUUAGCAGCUAACCAGAUCCUCGCCGCGAGCGAAGGGCUGGGAUUUGCUAGUCACCUUGGUCUGGAUCUCCACUCGACAAGUCAAGAGAUUAUAAAGUCUGACGCAUGGGCCUGGAUGUUCGAGAAUAGACUUCCGAGGAUGCUCGACCCCGAGUUCAAGCCCAUUGCUAGUGCUCUAACCAUCAUCCUGAAGGACACGGGUAUUAUCACUUCAGAAGCUAGACGUGCCGCAUUUCCUACGCCCAUGACGAACACAGCGGAGCAGGUAUAUUUCUCUUGUCUUGGUCGGGGGUACGGCCCAGACGAUGACAGCAGUUUGAUCAGACUGUACACAGAAGGCAAAGGGAAGACAGGUCCAGUAAAGGGGCUCGCCGAAAACGACAAGUCAAAGCUGGCACUCGUUAAGGCGCUAUUAAGGGGUAUCUACCUGUGCUCUGCUGCGGAAACCAUUGCUUUCGCAAAGAGAUGUAAUUUAGAUCUUGACCAGGUCUUCGAUCUUUGCGUAAACGCGGCCGGAGGAAGCGCCAUGUUACAAACGGUCGGACCUGAGAUUAUAAAGUUGGCCCGGGGAGAGCAAGUAUCGGUUGGCGACAGUCAGGGCCUAGCAGAACAUGCUCAACAGCUACAAGAGGCUAUCGAAGAGGCGCAGCGAUUAAAGGUGCCGGUGUAUCUCGGUAGCCAGGCGUUCGCUCUGACACAAUUCGCGCUGCAUAUUUCCUCCGAAACAGCUGAGAGCGUUCCGAGAGCCAACGUUGCGAAGGUAUGGGGUAUAUAAAAUCGACACUGGGUCUGCUGGGAGACCUC